AUGGAAAGCCCCCACGAGCACCAGCAGAGCCUACUCCUUGGGCGCAUCAUUAACAACGUGGAGAAGCUCAAUGAAGCGGUCAUGGUCCUAAAUAAGAACCUCCAGGAAAUCAACAUUCAGAACAUGAACGUUGAGCUGGUCGCUCAGAUGUUCAAGAACUACCAGUCCAACGUGCUCUUCCACCUUGAAGCCACGGACAGCCUGAGGGAGCCGGUGGAGCAGUAG